CACAGGUGUAUUAACACAUUGCUGUUUCUCUUUCAUUUACUUUUGAUCUCACUCUUAGUUCUGUGUCUUCCCUGUCAUUCGUUCAGUCAUUCACAUUUUCUCCUUCACCUGUCUCUUUCUUUAAGACACUCCCUCCUGUUCUCUCUCUUCUUUCCCUCCUCUUACUUUUUCUUUUUUCUAUUAAAUCAUUAUCUUUUUCUUUCUUCUUUCUCCCUCCUUACACCUUGUGUUUACUGCCUUCCUCUCUUUCUACAUUCACCAUCUCACCCUUUCACUCAUUCACUCACACUCUCUCCAUUUAAAAUCCCCCUCUCUCUUCCUUUUUAUUCACUUACACUCUCACUCACGAUCUCUCUUCUGCCUUGUCCGUACUUCCCUGUCUAUCUCUAUUCGACCAGUAGCGGUAUUCAAGAGAACUGAAGGAGGAGGAAAAAAAAAAAAUAUAUAUAUAUACACAUAUGCAUAUAUAUAUUAUAUAUACAUAUACACAGCGUGUGAUUUCUUAGUGCCUUAAACUGAAGCGAAAGAAGAAAAUUAAAGAAACACAUAGUCUAAAUACACACAAGAAUGCAAUGAAGAAAAAGAAAUCGAUGAAAAAAUUCACAAUUAAGCAAUUAUAAAUAAAUAAUUAGAAUAAACAUAUACAAAAUAUAACAAAAUACGACCAACAAUCAUAUGAAAGCAAGCAACAGCAGUAGCGGCACAUUAACAAUUACGAUAUCAACAAUUAUAAAUAAUAUCAUCAUAAACAGUAUCAGCAACGCUGACAGUAAUUGCAAUAAUAACAAUCACGGUAAGGAAACCACGGAACAAGGAUGCCUCGCAUAGGAUAUCUGCUAAGUGACAAAAAAGAGAAAAAGUUCAACUUGGAGAAAUUAGCUGUACGAUUAAGAGAGAAGGACAUUGAGUUAAUUAAGAUUGACUUGAAUUAUUCUCUUGAAGAUCAGGGACCAUUUGAUAUUAUAAUACACAAAAUUACAGAUGUGUUGAGUCGAGCAGAUGAGGGAAGUGAAAAGGACCAGUUGUAUGCAAAUAAUUUCAAGAAUUUUAUUCGAAAUCAUCCCGAGUGCACCUUAGUGGACCCAUUAGAGAAUGUAUGUCGAUUACUUAAUCGUUAUGAACAAUACUUGCAAGUACAGAAGUUGGAACUCUCUAGUAAUGGUAUAGAAGUUUUUGUUCCUACAUUUGUUGAACUCAAAUCAAAUGUUAUUGAGGAAAACAAAUGUAAAUUAAAGGCUGCCAACAUGGAGUUUCCUUUUGUAUGUAAACCUCAAGUAGCUCAGGGCGAAAUCUUGUCACACGAGAUGGCAAUCAUUUUUAAUGAAGAAGGUUUGAAAGACGUGCGACCACCAUGUGUAGCUCAAAGUUUCAUCACUCAUAAUGCUGUACUGUACAAAGUGUUUGUUGUUGGUGAUGAACAAUUUAUCUGUGAGCGGCCAUCUCUCAAAAACUUGACUGCUGGUGAUGACAAGACCAUAUUUUUCAAUACUAAUGAUGUGUCAACACCUGAUGCCACCCACUUCUUGAAUGAGAUGGAUGAAAAAGAACUUUCCAGUCGACAUGUGAAGCCAAAUUUCACAAAACUUAAAGAUCUUGGCAACCAGUUAAGAUCUCAUUUAAAACUUGGCCUCUUUGGCAUUGAUGUCAUUAUUGAAUGCGGGACCAAUCGCUAUGCCAUUAUUGAUAUCAACAUAUUUCCAGGUUAUAAGGGUAUUGAUAGUUUUUAUGAUUCUUUUGAGCGGUAUAUAAUUCAGUUACUGAAAGAGAAGGAAACAGAUCAGAAUAUGGAGAGGAAGCGUUGCCAAACUGUUGCAGAAGGUUGCGCUUUAUCCAAUGUCUGCAAGAAGCCAAAAAUACAGGAAGUGGCUGAAGAAGAAUUUGAUUCCAUACUGUGUACCAGUGAAAAUGACAAGGUCAGGGAGAAGAACCAGACAAAAGCAACUGCAGAAAAUGGUAGCAAUGUGGAUAUGUAUCGUGAAACCAAAGGCUUGUCUUAUUUGUCAGGCACAAAUGGCAGUCUUUGUGAGCAGAAUGGACACUGCAUUGAGAAUGGCAACAAUAACAAUAACAAAGCCAUUUUCAUCAAUAGCAACAACCUCAACAGCCUGAAUAGUCCACUUGUAAGUCUUAAUGAUGACAACAACAACAUCAACAGCAGUAGUAGCAAUAGCAGUAACAAUAACAUUUUAUGCAAUACAAUCAGUGGUGAAGGCCUCAACAACCUCAAAGGAGGAAACAUUCCAACUGUAAAUGGUCUAACAUGAUCAUGAUGUCAUUUAAUAUUUUUUAUUAUUGUAAUUAUUAUUAUUAUUAAAUUUUAUUAUUAUUACUGAAGGUGGUGGAUGGCAGAAUUAGUAGAGCUCAUACUUUAAUGCCUUGAAGCAUUUUAUGUCCCUUUACAUUCUGGAGUUCAAAUCUCACCAUGUCAACUUCAACUUUCAUCCUUGUGGGGGUUGGGUGGGAGGUUCGAUGAAAUAAAGUACCAGUGAAUUACUGGAGUCGACUUAAUCGACUAUAUCAUUCCUUAAAUUUUUGGUCUAUAGAAUAUAUUAGAAAACAUUAUCAAAAUAAUAAUUAUUAUUAUUGGUUGAACAGAAAAUUGAUUUGACGCAGUCAAGUACUGAGCUGAAAUACCUUGCAGUCUUUCGAUCUUGUCUUCAAAUUUUACUGAGGUCGACUUUGCCUUCCAUCCUCCAGAAGUUAA